GCUGAGGGAGGUGGCCGGGGACCGGCGGAGCUCGCCUCGCCUCCCCUCCCCUCCCCGCCGAAUAGGGGGAGUUUUCCGCGCGGCCGCCGGGCUUCACCAUGCUGCGGGGUUAGAGCCGCGGAGACGCCGCAGCGGGGUAAUAAUGUUAGCAGAGACCAGUCUUUCCAUAUGGGGAUGGGGAAGUCUUGGUGUUGUGCUUUUCCUAAUAACCUUUGGACCCUUUGCUAUAUUUUACUUUGCGUUUUAUAUCCUCUGCUUUGUGGGUGGGGGUUUUGUGGUUACUCUUUUAUUUGGAAAAAGCAACUCAGAAAAGUACCUUGAGCAGUGUGAACAUUCAUUUCUUCCUUGUACAUCAGUUGGUAUCCCUAAGUGCAUAGAAGAAAUGAAACGUGAAGCCAGACCUAUUAAGAUUGACAGAAGAUUGACAGGUGCAAAUAUAAUUGAUGAGCCUUUGCAACAGGUGAUCCAGUUUUCCCUGAGAGACUAUGUGCAGUACUGGUAUUACACACUAAGUGAUGAUGAAUCGUUUCUCCUGGAAAUCAGGCAAGCUCUUCAGUACGCACUUGUUCAGUUUUCUGCCAGGUCAAAGGAAACAGACUGGCAGCCUUACUUCACUACAAAACUUGUUGAUGACUUCGGCACUCAUCUUCGAGUUUUCAGAAAAGCUCAGCAAAGAAUAGCAGAGAAAGGUGAUCAGAUGAAAGACCAAGCUGAGGAACUUGUAGAUACAUUCUUUGAGGUUGAAGUUGAAAUGGAAAAAGAAGUCUGUCGUGACCUAGUCUGCACUUCUCCCAAAGAUGAAGAAGGAUUCCUAAGGGAUCUGUGUGAGGUCUUACUGUAUAUAUUGCUACCUCCUGGAGACUUCCAGAACAAGAUCAUGCGAUACUUUGUCAGGGAAAUCCUCUCCCGAGGAAUUCUUCUUCCAUUAAUAAACCAACUCAGUGAUCCUGAUUAUAUUAAUCAGUAUGUCAUAUGGAUGAUUCGUGAUUCCAACUGUAACUAUGAGGCCUUUAUGAAUAUUAUUAAAUUAAGUGAUAAUAUAGGAGAGUUGGAAGCAGUCAAAGAUAAAGCAAGCGAAGAACUGCAAUAUCUUCGAUCUCUAGAUACAGCAGGAGAUGAUAUCAACACUAUAAAAAAUCAAAUAAACAGUUUAUUAUAUGUUAUUAAAGUAUGUGAUUCAAGAAUUCAGAGGUUGCAGUCAGGAAAAGAAAUAGAUACUGUGAAACUGGCAGCAAACUUUGGAAAACUUUGCACAGUCCCUCUGGACCAUAUCCUGGUAGACAAUGUUGCACUACAGUUUUUUAUGGAUUACAUGCAGCAGACUGGUGGCCAAGCACAUCUGUUUUUCUGGAUGACAGUGGAAGGAUACAGGGUUACAGCACAGCAACAGCUGGAGGUACUUCAAAGCCGGCAAAGAGAUGGAAAACAUCAGACUAAUCAGACCAAGGGUCUAUUAAGAGCAGCUGCAGUUGGAGUUUAUGAGCAAUAUUUAUCAGAAAAGGCAUCUCCAAGAGUUAAUAUUGAUGACAACUUGGUAGCAAAACUGGCAGAAACACUGAACCAUGAGGAUCCAACACCUGAAAUCUUCGAUGACAUUCAAAGAAAGGUGUAUGAAUUGAUGCUGCGAGAUGAAAGAUUCUACCCUUCGUUCAAACAGAACGUAUUGUAUGUCCGCAUGUUAGCUGAGCUAGAUAUGCUGAAGGAUCCCAGUUUCCGAGGAUCAGAUGAUGGUGAGGGAGAAUCUUUUAAUGGGUCUCCUACUAGUAGCAUAAAUCUGUCCUUAGAUGACCUUUCAAAUGUCCCUUCUGAUGAAACAGUUCAACUCCAUGCAUAUAUCUCGGAUACUGUAUAUGCUGACUAUGACCCAUAUGCUGUGGCAGGAGUGUGUAAUGACCAUGGCAAGACGUACGCGCUGUAUGCUAUCACAGUCCAUCGGAGAAAUGCAAACAGCGAGGAAACAUGGAAGACAUAUCGGCGCUACAGUGACUUCCAUGACUUUCACAUGAGGAUCACUGAGCAGUUUGAAAAUCUGGCAAACAUACUGAAACUUCCUGGCAAAAAGACAUUUAACAAUAUGGACAGAGAAUUCUUGGAGAAGAGGAAAAAAGAUUUAAAUGCAUAUUUGCAGCUCCUGUUAAAUCCUGAAAUGAUGAAAGCUUCUCCAGCUCUCGCCCAUUAUGUGUACGACUUCUUGGAAAAUAAGGCCUACAGCAAAGGGAAGGGGGAUUUUGCACGAAAGAUGGACACAUUUGUAAACCCACUGCGUAACUCUAUGAGAAAUGUAUCAAAUGCAGUCAAGUCUCUCCCUGACAGCCUCGCAGAGGGAAUGACUAAAAUGUCAGACAACAUGGGUAAAAUGUCAGAGAGACUGGGACAAGACAUAAAGCAAUCAUUUUUCAAGGUGCCUCCUUUGAUCCAGAAAACCUAUUCAGAUCCUGACCAUUGCCGUGUUGCAGCAACAAUUGAUGACAGUGUGGAUGACAAUAUUCCUCUUCGAGUAAUGCUCCUCCUAAUGGAUGAAGUCUUUGAUUUAAAGGAAAGAAAUCAAUGGUUAAGAAGAAAUAUAAAGAAUCUUCUUCAACAGCUUAUUAGAGCAACAUAUGGUGACACAAUUAAUAGGAAAAUAGUUGAUCAUGUUGACUGGAUGACAUCUCCUGAACAAGUAGCAGAUGCUGUGAAACGCUUCAGAGAUGCCUUUUGGCCCAAUGGCAUUUUAGCAGAGACCGUUCCACGGAGAGACAAAGCUAUUAGAAUGAGAACAAGAGUAGCAGGGAAGACCAAAUUGCUAGAGAUAAUGCCAGAUGAAUUGAAGCACAUCAUAGGUGCUGAGACGACACGAAAAGGUAUUCUUCGGGUCUUUGAGAUGUUCCAGCAUACUCAACUGAAUAAGAGAAUGGUAUAUGUCUUUCUGGAGAGAUUUCUAGAAACCUUGUUUCCACAAAAUAAGUUCCAUGAGCUCUUCAACAAACUGCAUUCACGGUCAAAGCAGAUGCAGAGGUAUAAACAGAGACUACAUUCUACUCAAGCGCCUUCCUUGCAGAAAAGUCUUUUAGUGUCACAUAGUAGAUUAUUAAUGCAUCUGUAAGACCUGUGGAUCUUCUCAUCUUCACUUGUAAUUCAACCACUACCAGAAGGGUUCGUGUGUCUUAAAUGAUUUGGUGCGUCUUCAUGCAACAUUGAGAAGAAAACUGGCCCACUAUAUAAGAAUGCUGAUUCCUUCCGUUCCUGAGGCGAUGUUUGCCAGCAAUGAAAAGUGCCAGACUGAGUGAAGCGUAACGGUGAAGGAAAAGAAUGAUACGGUGGAGGAAAAGAACGUUUUGGCACUGGGAGAUAGUGCAAUGUGUGAGAAUCAGGUGGAAUUUUUCUACAUUAUGUCUGUUGAGGCUCUAUAGGGCUUAUUUAACAUUCCUGUGAAGGCUGAGCUAACAGGAAAAGCAAUCUCUGGAACAGCAGAUUUAUAGAGGAGGGGAGAAACAGUUAAUACCCCCAUCAUAAAAGUAUAUUUAUUAAAGUAAAGUUGAGGAAAUGUGAUUUUUAUGCCACACAAACUUCACCUUUUAUGUUUUGAAAAAUAAACUAACAUUAGAUCUGUUGGGGGUUUUAGUAAAGAUGCAGUAGAAAUAAAACCUUUAUUCUGACUAUUCUGUAGCUCUAAGGGCUAUCUUCUGCUCUUAUGGCACCUGGCAUACAUUUUGCAUGUAACUUCAGUGAAGAAGGGGCAUCAUAUUUAUGUUCAAUUGGUGUAUUUGAACAUAUGUCAAGAUCAUAGUUGCAGAAGGAAGGGGGUGCAUGUUUCAAAGAGAACAGACAUCGUAUUAGGAGAUGAGGAAACUGCACUAAGAAACAAUUCUCACACUAUUCCCCACUAAAAUCUGAAGCUUUUUAGGGUGCAAAAGAUUGUGUCCUACCUAAUUGAAAGAUUCCUUUACCUUUGAAUGUGUAAGGUUCAUGGAAAAAAAAGGUAGAAUUAGUUGGUUCCUUACAGAUAAAAAUAUUUCAUUAGUCAUAUGCAAACAUUUGGGAAUUCCUGAACGCAUCUUAGUGUAUAUAUGAAAAUAAAAAGGAGAUAAAAUUACAAUAUUUUUUUAAAUAAUUUUUUUAUUUUUUGCAUAGUGUAAAAUUUUAAUAGAAAUUUGACAUCAAGGCCCCACAUCCAUCUGUUUAGUUCCAUCAAAUAAUUUAUGUCCAAUUAAUAAUAAAACAACAAAUAAUACUUUCAGGCCACAGCAUACCUCAGUUUGUCUUUUCUUUUUCAUAGUCCCCUACUGUUUAUGAGCACUACUGUCUGAGUGAAUAGAAAGCAAUUUUGCAGAGUCCAUAUUUCUUCAGAACGCUUAACACGGGAUAUGAUACAACUGUCGAAUAAGGAUCCUUACAGCAAUUUGUGUUUAAAUGGGAACAAAUCCUUCUAUGUGGGAGAGGAACACAGACCUUUUAUUAAAGCGUUGUCAGAGAAGAUAGAAAGCUCUCAAAAGACCUAGUUAAUUUGACUGAAACAUCUAUAUAAAUCACUUUUCUUAUGGACUCUACUCAUGCAAUGUAGCCUUUUAUCAUACUAUUUAACGAUGACCAUAUUGUACUGUUAAUGUUUUCAUACAGUAUGCAUGGGCUCAAGUGCACUUGUUUUUUUUUUCCCUUAUUGCAGAAUUAAAUACUGUAAGUUAAAUCCCUUUCUUUUAUAAUUACCAAGAAGACAAGUUGGAAAAUAUGUAACAACCCUUCCCCCUUCUUCUCUGCAGAUUUUGUGGAAGUGUGAUUAAGUGCUGUUGAAUUUAACAAAAUUGUUGAGUUCCUGUGUGGAGUAGUCAGCAUAGCCAGCUACUAUUGUUUACAUGCCUUUAUCUUCCUCUGAUGUCAGUCUACACUCUAGCAUACCUGACAUCCAGCUGAUGAAAGAUCGUUCAGCAAUUGUUCUUGGUGAUAUAGUAGUUACAUCAUUGAUACUACCAAACCUAAUUUAUGUCUUUUUAAAUCGCUGAAUUUGUUUUGCAGUAUGAAAAUGGGAAGUUUAAAUGCUGUUUUGUCAAAUCUGUCAAAAAAAUUUUGUCAAAAAACCUCUUAUCUAUCUGCAGGUACCAUGAAAAAAUUCAAGAGAAUGGUGAUUGUGUGCAAAUUGGGAUUUUCUUAAUUAUCUGGUACAUUUCUGUAAAAAAUAAAUAAAUAAAAAUAAUAUCUCUAGGAAUGUGAACUGAACAUAAUACACCAUGUUCAUUAGUCAUUUUACUUAUUGGAAUUUAUUACAUAUAUAUAUAUAUAUAUAUAUAUAUAUAUAUACUUACACACUUAUGGGUGUGCAUAUGUAUAUAUAUACUAAAGUUUUGUCUUCUGUAUUUAGCUACAGAAUGUGGCUCCCUAAUUCAGUUGUGCCUGUUGGCUGGCAAGAUUGAUCAGAAAUUAAUACUUUUGGUUUAAAAGUUUGUACCAUCUUUACAAUGAUUUUCCUUUUGUCAAUUCAAAAUACCUGCCCUAUCAACCAUGCAGCCUGUUGUCCUAUGAAGUCUCCAAAACUGAAUGUUAACAUACAGCACUUAAGUGUAUCUUCUGGCCUUUGGGUGCUGUGACUGGCCAUUGAAGAUUGUGCCAUUGUCAACAAAUGCACUUGUUUUAGCCUUAAUUAUUUUUAAGUGAAAAUGAGCAAUUGAGUUUUUCAUUUGGUUCCUCCUCAAGCUUGUGCUGCUGGUGUUUGCUAGAACUAAACAGUAAAUUUUAAGUGCUACAGAAUGUGUACCAAAAUAAAAAUAUAUGAAAUCCACAAUCUAAAUUUUAAUUUUGUGCAAUAUUUUCAUUUAAUGCAUGUGUAUUUGAGUAACUGUAAAAUAAAUGAAUUUUUAACAUUUUAAAGUCUAGGUUAAAAAUGUCUUUUCAGCUGAACAAUUUUGCAUUCUGUUAUUGGAUUAGUUUAUUUAAGGACUUGUUUUAAAAGUCUUAUUUGUUACUCCGCCGUUAAUUCCCUUGUUCUUAAUGGUCCUUGCUCGUGGGAGCAUAGCUCAUACAUUACAAGGGGAAAAUCUAAAGAGCUCAUCUCAUGAAUAUAGCCGUUAUGGAUUACUUGUGCAUAUCAUUGUACAGUAAGUGUCAGCUGUGUGCCUAAUUGUUCUGUUGAUGCUUUUUCCUUCCCUUCCCCAUCCUUUUGUUUCCGUAACAAAGAAUGAACGUAAAACAGACUGCCAGGGUCACUUCUACUGGAUGGCAGAGGACUCUGAAUUUUUUUUUUCUUUUUUUUUUUUUUUUUGAAGUUUGCAUUUAUGUUCUGUCCAAUAGAAAGGUAAAAAAUAAAAAAUUAAAAAAAAAAUACACUAAUAAAGUAUUAACAGGA